GAGAAGGUGUCAUCACUGGGGAAGGACUGGCAUAAAUUCUGUCUGAAGUGUGGCCGCUGUAACAAAACCCUGAACGCAGGAGGACAUGCUGAGGUGAGUGAUGAACAAUGACAUCAACUUCUGUGGGUCUGUAGGUCUGUAGGUUCACACAUGUAGGAUCAGUCCCUAUACAGAUGUAGGAUCUUAAUUUGAGCCAGUUUGUUACAGCAGGAAAAUAAUCCGGCAGCAACAGGAAAUGGGAAUUAUUAUGUGGAUUAUAAUUCAUGGACAUAUUUGAAGGGGUUGAUACAUAUUUUGUAAUGGAAAAUUAAGUCUGCAAUUUCAAAGUGGAAAUUACAAACUUCAAGUUUUAAAUGUCCUGUAUUGCAGGAAAGUUUUCCUGCAUCAGGGGGAUCAAAUUAAGAUCCAACAUCUGUAGAUCCACGUGGUAUAGCGUAAUGGUAAAAUCCAAUGCAGGCCUCAGUUUUGUAUUGACUAUUUGACACACACACACACACAUCCAGAUGGAUCAACAGCUCUCAGAAUGACACUGAAACAUUACUAUCACUGUACACUGUAGAUGUGCGGCCUAUGUCCUUGCUGAAGGUUAGCUGUUUGUCUAGUCACUUUAUGACCUAGCAAGCCAGCCCAUAGAAAUACAAGUAUAAUAUAUUGUAAAACUGUUCUAUUUAACUCUGUAAGACAGCCAUUCUAUUUUAUAUUUGUGUUUUAUAGUGAAUAUACAAUAUAUCCCCUCCAGUCCUCUCUCAUAUCUCCUCCACACAUGCUGUUACUGUGAAACUGCACUGCUUCCUGGAUCAAAACAGGCUUUUUCAUGGCCUAGCAGCCAACCAUUCUAUUUCCACCAUGUCUGUGUGUUAUAGUGGACAUCCCCUGCUGUGUGAAACAGCACUGUCCCUGGGCCUGGAUCAGAAAAGAACAGGAAGUAAGGAAGGAUGGGAAUUCUGCAGCAAAAUCCGAAAAGCAAUUUCCCCCCAGACCAGACCUCAGACAGUCAUCAGUAGAUACUAGAUGCAGACCUGGCCUGGGUUGUUUCAUCUCUAUAAAUGAUUACAUCAUACAUGUUAAAUGUCCUCUCUCUGUCCUCGCCACAAUUUCCCUCCAGACCCCAGUAGUAGAUUAGCCUGGUCCCAGAUCGGUUUGUGCUGUAUAACCAACUCCAAUAAAGCACAAACACAUCUGGGACCAGGCUAUAACCAACUCCUAUACAGCACAAACAGAUCUGGAACCAGGCUAUAACCAACUCCAAUACAGCACAAACACAUCUGAGACCAGGCUAUAACCAACUCCAAUACAGCACAAACACAUCUGGGAUCAGGCUAUAACCAACUCCUAUACAGCACAAACACAUCUGGGACCAGGCUAUAACCAACUCCAAUACAGCACAAACACAUCUGGGACCAGGGUGUAUAUAUGUACAAAUCCAUACAGCACAGACCACUGGGAAUGUAGCCAGUCAUGAGAUCCCCUGGGAGGAUCCCAGCCCAUAACAGCACUAGAAUGUACCAGUGUGGAUAUCCGCUGUAGGAGAUCCCAGCCCAGUAAAGCACUCUAGGGAAGGUAAGCCAAGUGGAUACAGCCUGUGAGGAGGAUUCCCAGGCCAGUAACACACUAGGAAGGUAGCCAGUGUGAUAUCACGCCUGUGAGGAACCCAGGCCAGGUAAUAGCACUAUAGGAAUGUAGCCAGUGUGAUAUCCGCUGUGAGGAGAUCCCAGGCCCAGUAAAGCACUAGGAAUGUAGCCAGUGUGAUAUCUGCUGUGAGGAGAUCCCAGGCCCAGUAAAGCACUAGGAAUGUAGCCAGUGUGAUAUCUGCUGUGAGGAGAUCCCAGGCCCAGUAAAGCACUAGGAAUGUAGCCAGUGUGAUAUCCGCUGUGAGGAGAUCCCAGGCCCAGUAAAGCACUAGGCUGUGCAGGUGAAUCCGCUGUGAGGAAUCCCGGUCCCAGCUAACACUAGGAAUGUAGCCAGUGUGAAUUGGAGUGAGAGAUCCCAGGCCCAGUCAAGCACUAGAACUUGAGCAGUGAGAUACUGCGGAGGAGUCCAGGCAGGUAAAGCACUAGGAAUGUAGCCAGUUGUUCUGCUGAUGAGGAGAUCCUCCUGGUCCCAGUAAGCACUGGUUGCCAGUGUGUAUCUGCUGGUGGGAGUCCCAGGCCCAGUAAUAGACUGGAAUGUAGGCCAGUGUGAUAUCGCUGUGGAGGAGAUCCCAGGCCCAGUAAGCACUGGAUGUGCCAGUGUGAUAUCCGCUCUUGUAGGUAGAUCCCAGGCCGUAAAGCACUCGGAUGUAGCAAGUGUAUGCUUGAGGAGAUCCCGGCCAGUAAAGCACUAGGAAUGAGCCAGUGUGAUAUCCGAUCUGUCCGGAGAUCCCUGGCCCAGUAAAGUCUGUAAUGUGACAGUGUGAUUUGACCCUGACUAUGAGAUCACCCGGCCCAAAGCAUGAUUAGCAAUGGACCGCUGUGAGGGAUCUGCAGGCCUCUCUAAGCACUGAUGAUAGCCAUGGGAUUCUGUCAUUGUAGAGUCUCAGGACACGUACGAAACACUGGAUGAUGCAGUGUGAUAUCUGCUGAGGGGUGCCGACCUAGGCCAGAUCAAGUCACAGGAAGUGCGUGUAUUAUCUGGUCGAGUGAUGGAUCAUCUAGCGCAACAGUCUGAAUGUAGCCAGGUGAUAUUGUACUGAUGUGAUGGAGGAUCCCACUCUAGGCCCAGAAGCACAUAUCUCCUGUGAGGAAAUCCCUCUUACAUCCUCUCUCCUCGCCUCCUCCUCAACUGUAUUGGAGGAGAAUAUCCAAGGUCCCUCCCCUCGAACCUUCGAGGUGAGAAAUGGAGGCGUGGAGGAAAGAUGAAUUAGGACUGCAUGUCUGCUCUCUGGUCUAGAUCCUGAUGAUCCUCCUGCUCCCUGGCUGGUUGGCUGGCUGGCUGGCUGGCUGGCUGACUGGCUGGCUGGCUGGCUGACUGGCUGGCUGGCUGGCUGGCUGGCUGGCUGGCUGGCUGGCUGGCUGACUGGCUGGCUGGCUGACUGGCUGGCUGGCUGACCUAGGCUACUCUGUAUUUAUAUCACCACUGUUCCGUGGCUAUUCUGGACAAGGUUCUACUUACUUGGACGUCUCCUCUUCUCUUCUGGACGAUGGUCUGGUAUCUGUCCCAGGCCCUGGCUGCCUGUCCAGUCUGUUACGUGACUGUUUGAUUUGACCACUGACUACUAUUACAUGACCACCGUCGGCCCAGCAUGCAUUAGAGAGGGACACGGGGUUCUGACAGAGCCAUCUCUAAGCCUGAGACUGCCUGGGAUCUCUGUCAUCUUACAAGGCUCAUACACGUACGCAAACACUGGGAUCAGUGGAGUUGCCUCAGGGGGUGCGAACAAGGGAUCCAGUUCAGGAAGGUCGAAUUUCUGGUCGAAGUGCUGGACAUCUGCGUCUCAUGUCUGCAAUAGAGGUUUUUUUUUGCCAGGAAAGAUAUUUGUUUAACUCGAUGAGGAUGUAGAUGAGGAUGGAGAUGAGGAUGGAGAUGAGAUGAGGAUGGAGAGGAGGAUAUAGAUGAGAUGAGGAUGGAGAGGAGGAUAGAGAUGAGGAUGGAGAUGAGAUGAGGAUGUAGAUGAGAUGAGGAUGGAGAUGAGGAUAGAGAUGAGAUGAGGAUGGAGAUGAGAUGAGGAUGGAGAUGAGAUGAGGAUGGAGAUGAGGAUAGAGAUGAGAUGAGGAUGGAGAUGAGAUGAGGAUGAGAGGAGGAUAGAGAUGAGAUGAGGAUGGAGAGGAGGAUAGAGAUGAGAUGAGGAUGGAGUUGAGAUGAGGAUGGAGAGGAGGAUAGAGAUGAGAUGAGGAUGGAGAUGAGAUGAGGAUGGAGAUGAGAUGAGGAUGGAGAUGAGAUGAGGAUGGAGAGGAGGAUAGAGAUGAGAUGAGGAUGGAGUUGAGAUGAGGAUGGAGAGGAGGAUGGAGAUGAGAUGAGGAUGGAGUUGAGAUGAGGAUGGAGAUGAGAUGAGGAUGGAGAUGAGGAUGGAGAGGAGGAUGGAGAUGAGAUGAGGAUGGAGAGGAGGAUGGAGAUGAGGAUGAGGAUGGAGAUGAGGAUGAGAUGGAGAUGAGGAUGAGAUGGAAAGGAGGAUGGAGAGGAGGAUGGAGAUGGGGCUGGAGAGGAGGAUGGAGAUGGGAUGGGGAUGGAGAUGAGGAUGAGGAUGGAGAUGAGGAGGAUGGAGAUGAUGAUGUAGUCGAAAAAUAGAGAGAACAAAUAUGAGUGAUGAUGAAGGCCAGUGAUGAAGAAGCGUGUAGCGACUUGCUGAUGCCAGCCUGGCGUGUUGAUUCAAUAUGGCAUUGUCUGGAUGGAUGGCUGUAUAUUUGUAUCUCACGGAAGAGAGCCACACCUUCGCCGUGGCAAUCUCCAGGAAGAGAUGUUCCCACAGAAGUCCUUGGGUCACUGACGCCAGGAGAGGUGUGACGACUUCUGAAAACUUGCAUUUUUACAAGCAUUUUCGCUGCACGUGCUAUAAUAUCUUCAAAAUAUAUGACCAAUGAAAAGUGAUUUGAUUUUUAUUUGAUCCUGGAUAGGGUUGCAAAAAAAAACUGUAGCUUUCCCAAAAUACCCAGCAUUGAUAAAAAUCCCGGUUGGAAAAUUCCUGGAAACAUGAGGGAAUAAACAGGAAAAUCCUGCAUUUUCUGGAAAACCUGGGAGUUUUGGGUAAGUUACCAGAAUUUUCCAACCCUUAUCCUGGGUAAUUUUCAGUAGGUUUCAAAACCAUUCCCAUCUCCUGAACAGGACCCUGAUGUGAGGCGUUUGAUAAAUCAACAGUACUGGUCUCCUGGUUACAACCGCAGUGUAGAUACAACACACAGACAUGGUAGAAUGGAUAGUGGGGAUCAAGCCAGACUCCCUUUCUUUCUCCCUUUCUCAGGAGGCUGUCGUGUUUUUAUCUCUCUCUCUCUCUCUCUCUCUCUCUCUCUCUCUCUCUCUCUCUCUUCUCUCUCUAUCUACUCUCUCUCUCUCGCUCUCUCUCUCUCGCUCUCUCUCUCUCUCUCUCUCUCUGCUCUCUCUCUCUCUCUCUCUCUCUCUUCUCUCUCUCUCUCUCUCACACACACACAAUCCAAUAACCUUUUUUUCCCAAAAUGCAUGAGUGGCUAGAAAACAGAAAUUGCCAAGCUAUGAUUGUUAGUCUUGUGUUUUAGACUUAAGCAAUAAGGCCCGAGGGGGUGUGGUAUAUGGCCAAUAUACCACAGCUAAGGGCUGUUCUUAAGCAUGACGCAACGCGGAGUGCCUGGACACAGCCCUUAGCCGUGGUAUAUUGUCCAUAUACCACAAACCCCAGAGGUGCCUUAUUGUUAUUAUAAACUGGUUACCAACGUAAUUAGAGCAGUAAAAAUAAAUGUUUUGUCAUACCUGUGGUAUACGGUCUGAUAUACCUCGGCUUUCAGCCAAUCAGCAUUCAGGGCUGGAACCGCCUAGUUUACAAUUGUUAUUUACUCACUGUCUGUCAUUCUCCUUCUCUUUGUUCCCUCAACAGCACGAUGGGAAGCCGUUCUGCCACAAACCAUGCUAUGCUGCCCUCUUCGGACCAAAAGGUGCAGUACACUUGUACGUCUGUCCAAAGCCCAGUGGUUAAAAGUAUCUGAAGAACUUCAAACUGACUUCCUGAUAACCUCCAGUUUGAUUGUACUGUUUUGAAACACACUGUUGUGUAGUAUGCAGAUGGGCUGAACCACAGCCAUAUGUUAUGAUUGUUAAAUGUUUGUAAUAUGUUAUAUGAAAAAACAUGUAUCUUAUGGUAUCUAUAUAGAUAUGGCUCUGGGCUGAACCUAACCUCUGACCUCUGUAGGUGUGAACAUCGGAGGAGCAGGGUCCUAUGUUUAUGAAGCCCCCAUCAACAAUAGCCCAGCCCCUACUGACGUGGAUGCCCCCCCCAAACCUGCUGAGGAGAAGAAGGUGUUCGCACCCAGGCCUCCUGUUAAAGGUACAUGCUACGUGUGCGCGUUCUUUCGCGCAUGCAUGUUUACGUGUCCACUUGUGUAAGUGAUGACGUGGGAAAAGCUGUGAAAUAGUGGAAGUAUCUUCCGAAGGAGCUGACUUUGUUAGAAAGGAGUAGCAGACUGUGUUGUCUUCCUGCUGACUCAAGCCCUACUAUACAGGCCCUACUAUACAGGCCCUACUAUACAGGCCCUACUAUACAGGCCCUACUAUACAGGCCCUACUAUACAGGCCCUACUAUACAGGCCCUACUAUACAGGCCCUACUAAUACAGGCCAUACUAUACAGGCCCACUAUACAGGACCCUACUAUACAGACCCUACUAUACAGGCCCUACUAUACAGACCCUACUAUACAGGCCCUACUAUACAGACCCUACUAUACAGACCUACUAUACAGGCCCUACUAUACAGACCCUAGACUAUACAGGCCCUACUAUACAGACCCUACUAUACAGGCCCUACUAUACAGGCCCUACUAUACAGACCCUACUAUACAGGCCCUACUAUACAGACCCUACUAUACAGGCCCUACUAUACAGACCCUACUAUACAGGCCCUACUAUACAGGCCCUACUAUACAGGCCCUACUAUACAGGCCCUACUAUACAGACCCUACUAUACAGGCCCUACUAUACAGGCCCUACUAUACAGGCCCUACUAUACAGGCCCUACUAUACAGGCCCUACUAUACAGACCCUACUAUACAGGCCCUACUAUACAGACCCUACUAUACAGACCCUACUAUACAGACCCGGCUCACACCAGGCUAGCACCAGGCUAACACCAGGCUAGCACCAGGCUAACACCAGGCUAGCACCAGGCUAACACCAGGCUAGCACCAGGCUAACACCAGGCUAACAGCCUGACCCUAAAGGAGUAGCAGACCCUUGUUGUCUUCCUGUGAUUAGAGCCCUACUAUACAGGCCAGGCUCACUCCAGGGGUAAAGGCUAACACCAGGCUAACACCAGGGACGGUCACAGGGUAGUUUCUUUAGCUGUUCACCCUGGGUUUUUGCACAGUUGCAGGCCAGAGGCCAUACUACUUUGUGUGUGUGUGCAGCUUCCAGCGUCACCACCUUCUCCGGUGAGGCCAACCUGUGUCCCAGGUGCAACAAGAAGGUCUACUUUGGUAAGUAGCCAUUAUAUUAAGUAUCUAUCACACUACAAGGGUGAGAAUUAUCUGUCGUGCAGUUGCCAUGGUAUCGUGUGCUCCUGUGUGUCAUUCCUUUGAAUUAAAUUUGAAACAUAUCCGAGGCACCUGCUGGAGCAACCCUGAGAUGAAUGCAUCUCAUUUCUAAGCUGUGUGUGUGUGUGUGUGUGUGUGUGUGUGUGUGUGUGUGUGUGGUGUGUGUGUGUGUGUGUGUGUGUGUGUGUGUGUGUGUGUGUGUGGUGUGUGUGUUUGACAGCUGAGAAGGUGACGUCCCUGGGGAAGGACUGGCAUCGGCCCUGUCUCCGCUGUGAGAGGUGCAGCAAGACCCUGGCCGCCGGCAGCCAUGCAGAGGUAGGAGAGAUAGAGGGAUGGAUGGAAGGAGGGGAGGUGAUGGAGGGAAAAGGGAUGAGGAGGAGGGUGAAAGAGGAAGGGCAUUUAAACAGGAAGGGGCCAGCUAUAAAAAGACAAUCACAGUGUUCAAGGGAGUCGGCCUGAACAAGGCCCUGAUAGCACAGAAUCACUGAUCUACAAAUCAUCUUGCAUCGUAAAUAACUACUCAUUAUUAAUAUCAAAAUUAGGGAAUGUACACAACACCUUGUUCAGGCAGGUCUUCUUGAAUGCACCUGAAUGGGAUAAAAGCAUUCUAAUGUGGAUGUUAACAAUGAAUACAUGGCAUGAUGACGUUUUCAUGUGUGUUUUUUUUUUUUUUUACAGCAUGAUGGCCAGCCAUACUGCCACAAGCCAUGCUAUGCUUGUCUCUUUGGACCCAAAGGUAGGCGCUUCGCUUGUCUUCUUUAUUCAACCACCAGGUGGUGCUGUUGUCUCACAUAAGUAUUAGCUAUACUGUAACAGUAGUCUAUGCGGUGUACAAUAGCUUUUUAAAGAACCUACUCGUAUUGCUCUUCCGACACAAAAGUGAUGCAACUUAGGCUGUUUCAAAACCACCAACUGAAAAUAAAUGUUUAGUUAUACUGCGAUACAUUUUCAGCAUGUGACGCUGCCUGGACACCUGUAUGUCUGUGGUGUUCUUGUCUCUCCAGGGGUGAACACUGGUGGUGUAGGCAGCUACAUCUACGAGAAGGAUGUCAGUACAGAGACCCAGCCC